AUGUCCAGCUCGACUUCCAAAGUUGGCCAUACCCUGGCCAAGGGACUCGGCAUCAAGAUCCCCUACCGGGAUCCUCUGGGCUCAGAAGCUGAUCCCGUCACGCGAGGAGAAUCCGUGUUCACCACAGGUACUGCGGACACCUACAUUGAACCGGAACCUACUGUUGCUGGUUUGUUUCCAUUUUUGAAAUGGAUCGGGCGAUACAACACGCAAUGGUUGAUUGGAGAUUUGGUUGCUGGUAUUACUGUCGGCGCCGUUGUCGUUCCUCAAGGAAUGUCGUACGCUCAAUUGGCUGAUUUGCCGGUCGAAUACGGUCUUUAUUCCUCAUUCAUGGGUGUUUUGAUCUAUUGGUUCUUUGCCACUUCUAAGGAUAUCACGAUUGGUCCCGUCGCUGUCAUGUCAACUUUAACCGGAAAUGUCAUUAUCGCAGUUCGAAAAGAGCACCCAGAACUCGAUCCCCAUGUCAUUGCUUCAGCAUUGGCUAUAAUAUCCGGCGCUAUCAUUACCUUCAUUGGUCUAAUCCGAUGGGGUUGGAUCGUCGAGUUCAUUCCAUUGACUGCAAUUACCGCUUUCAUGACAGGCUCCGCCUUGAACAUUGCAUCUGGCCAAAUUAAGAACUUGAUGGGCGAGACUGCCAAUUUCAGCACAAGAGGAGCUACAUAUCAGAACAUCAUCAACUCAUUAAAAUACCUUCCUUCGACCCAGCUUGACGCAGCUCUAGGGUUGACUGCUCUUUUCAUGCUGUACGGCAUUCGAUCUGCAUGCAAUUACGGUGCCAGGAAGCGACCACACAGAGCUAAGACAUUCUUUUUCAUCUCGACACUCCGAACGGCCUUUGUGAUCUUGUUUUACACCAUGAUCAGUGCAGCAGUCAACAUCCAUCGUCGCGAACAUACCGCUUUCAAAGUUCUUGGAAACGUUCCUCGUGGGUUCAAACAUGCCGCUGUCCCAACAAUCAACACUUCAAUCAUCAAGUCUUUUACCAGCUACCUUCCAUCUGCAGUUAUUGUCCUCUUGAUCGAGCACAUUUCGAUUUCCAAGUCCUUCGGCCGUGUCAACAACUAUACUAUCGAUCCUUCCCAGGAGAUGGUUGCCAUUGGUGUCACCAACUUGCUGGGACCCUUCCUCGGUGCCUACCCUGCCACUGGGUCUUUCUCUCGCACUGCCAUCAAGUCAAAGGCUGGUGUCCGCACUCCUCUUGCUGGCCUCAUAACUGCUGUUGUGGUGCUUCUUGCCAUCUAUGCUCUUCCUCCACUCUUUUGGUACAUUCCUCAGGCUGCUCUCUCGGCUGUUAUCAUUCACGCUGUCGGAGAUUUGAUUACCCCUCCUAAUGUCGUGUACCAAUUCUGGUUGGUUUCUCCAUUGGAGGUUGUUGUCUUCUUCGCCGGUGUGUUGGUCACUGUGUUUUCCAGUAUUGAAAACGGUGUUUACACUACUGUCUGCAUGUCCGCUUUCUUAUUGCUGUGGCGUCUCGUCAAAGCGCGCGGUGACUUUUUGGGCAAAGUCCGAGUACACUCCGUCAUUGGAGACCAUCUGAUCGAUGAGCAAGGCAAAUACGGACCCGUAGGACCUACACCUGAGCAGACUCUAGCGGAGGAUAACGCAAAUGAUACAUACCGCAAUGUCUAUCUCCCGGUCACACAUGGCGAUGGAUCUAACCCACAGAUUUCUGUUCAGCAUCCUUACCCUGGGGUGUUUAUUUACCGAUUCUCCGAAGGAUUCGUCUACCCGAAUGCAAAUAGUGAAACCGACUAUCUUGUUCAAACGAUUUUCAAGGAAACACGUCGCACGAAUAUUGCAACCUAUCCUACUCUUGGUGACCGCCCUUGGAACGACCCUGGCCCACGACGCGGCAAGCCUGUCGAAGACCGGAGUGAUUUGCCUACUCUGCGUGCUAUCAUCUUGGACUUUUCUAGUGUUGACCAUGUCGAUGUUACUUCGAUUCAGAAUUUGAUUGAUGUCCGCAACCAACUGGAUCUCUAUGCAAGCCCUGAGCCAGUUCAAUGGCACUUUGCUAACAUCAAUAACCGCUGGACUAAGCGCGCUCUCACAUCUGCUGGAUUUGGCUGGCCAAGUCCUUCAUCCGUUGAUGGGUUCCAACGCUGGAAGCCUAUCUUCAGUGUCGCCGAAAUUGGUGGCAGAAGCUCUGCGGCUGCCGUUGCUGAACGCGAACGUCUCAACAGUCAAAUCAAGGCUGAUGAUCUUGAAGGCGGCCGUCCUAAAUCUGCUACUGUCCGCGAACGCACCGAACCUGAGGUCAGCAGCAAUGAAGGCGAUGACUACAUCAAACAACUCGACACUACUACAGCAUACAGAGCCAAGCGCAAUAACAUUGCUUUGGUUUCGGGCUUGAACCGACCGUUCUUCCACGUUGAUGUGACCAGUGCUGUGCACAGUGCAAUCUCCAACAUUGAAGGAUCUGGUUCUUUUGCCAAGAUCAUUGAGGAGUAG